AUGUCAUCUCAGCAACUACCAUCUCCACAACGAAGAGAAGAAUUGGCAAAGCAAAAUGCCGCAGCAUGGGAUGAUUUGGACCCACCAGUCACCACUGGGUAUGACUCCUCCUUCAAGAAGAACACAGCAUUCAUUAAAAAGGUGAAAGCUUCAAUCAACGAAGCUCAGUAUAAACUGCUAGUGCGAGAUAUUGCAACCUUGUCGUUGGAAAAGUACUUGCCGGAAAUCAUACCUGCUGUUUUUGAAGGUCUCUGCAAGAUAUCGAAGCCGGAAGACGUGGCUGCUGCUCUGGAAGUGACAACUGCUUUGCAUACCCGGUUCAAACUGGAAUUCUCAUCGGGUCUUUUGGGCCUUUUUUUUCAAGGAAUAGAUCCCACUACGACUACGUCGAUUCGCCAAAGAAACUUGCUAAGGCUCAUGAUGGAAUUUCACCUAAUUGGUUUGUUCCGUACUGUGGGCGGCACCACAAAAGAUGCAUUGCCAGAUCGACUUGCAAAACGGUUUGCUGAAAUAAAGGAUGAAGAUGCGGUGGUUAUUGCAGUUAAGGAGGUCUUAGCAUAUGACGUGACACUGGAAGGUGCCCUAUCUGUUGCCACGGGGUUUCUUAGGCGAUAUGGAGAACAAUUGACCCCCAAACUCAAAACUCUCUUUGUUGCGUACGCACAAGAGUCGUUCAAAGUACUCCAGUCAGUCGCUGCAGAUACUGCAAAGUUGACCAAAGCCAAUAGGAAAAAAGCUUUGAAAGUAGGGCGGAUUUUGGAGGAAGAAAAUGUCAAACUUGAGGAACAAGAACAGCUCUACGAAAAGUUUCAAAGGGCAUGCGAAUACCUUGCUGAAAUAUUAGACUUACAAAUGCCUACUUUGGCAACACCAGCAGCCGAUAUGACGACGGAGUCCAGUGUGGAGCUCGUAAGAAAUACAGAAGAUGUGGAUAUGGUUUGGGAAAGUGCUGCUGAGCGUGAUUUCUACACAAAGAUUCCUACGCUAGAAAAUUUACCUGCUUCUGAAACCCAGCUGGAAGAAGACGCUGCUUCCCGAAUGACAGCUUUGUUGGCCAAAUUGUCGGUUGCUGGUGACGAAGACGUUUCUCUGCUUGUUUCUGAGUUCAAUCUGGGUCUCAACAAUAAAGCUUCUCGCCAGAGAAUUCGCCGACUUUGCACCGAAUCGACCAACUUUUCCAAUUUCAAGAUUGUUGCAAAAUUCCUCAAGAUGAACGAGCAGUCUUUGGGUCCCACCAUCAACGAAAUCAUCGUUGCCUUGGACGAUAAGCUUCGGGGCCAGAUCUACCACGAUAAACUAAAUUUCCGAAGCGUCUAUUUUUUCGUCGAAUUGGUAAAAUUCAAGUUGAUCCCCACCCAUGUUGUAUUCCACAAAAUCCACAAGCUUAUACUCAACAUCAAGAACAUUCACAAUACCGAUAUUCUCGCGGUUUUCUUCGAGCAAUGUGGCCGAUUUUUACUCCACGACACAGAUUAUCGACCAUUCAUGGUGGAAAUGUUGGACCUUCUUCAAAGUGAGCAGAAAAACAAAAACUUGACCAUCCACGAUAAACUGUCGAUCCGUACGUUGUUGAUGAUGAUCGACCCUCCCGAAGUGAAAGUUGAAAGAAAACGCAAAAUUCUUCCUCCUGAAGAACAAUUUUUGUUGCACGUAUUUCACACAGAAUUAACCAGUGCUCCGCGGACGGCUACAUCGGUGGGGACUAUUAUAACCCAGUGUAACUGGUCUGCCAAUCAAGUCGCAUAUUCUACGUUGGAAAGAAUCUUCUCACGGCCGCAAGACGUCAAUUUCGAUGUGAUCCACAACCUCGCUGUGGUUUUACAAAGGUACGUGAAACAUGAUAGACAGCUAUUGGUUCGAGUGGUCGAUACAACGGUGGAGAACAUAAUCCGAGGAUUAGAAAUUGACGACUACAAGAUCAAAAGAGACAGACUAUGCGAUGUUCUGUACUUGGGAGAGCUAUGGAAUUGUGGUCUCGUCACCUCCAAGUUGGUGGUAACAAUAUUGUUCACCAUUAUAACGUUUGGACAUCCAAACAACCAGCCACUUCCAAGUAUAACCUCGGGCUUUGACGAUUCUCUGAACUACUUUCGCUUGCACCUAUGUGUGGCAUUGAUGAAGCGCAUAGCAAGUACUUUUGUCUUUCCGAAGAAAUACUUUGCACUUCUUGAGUACUAUUGUCACUGCAAAGACCGCCCGUUACCUCUUGAAUUGGAACAAAAUCUUGAACAAUUGUAUACGGCGCAAAACAUAAACAGGUGCAACUCUCUUGCUGAGUCUAUGGCUCAAUUGAAGCUUGUCAUUGAGGAGGAAAGAAAACCUCAAAGCAACAAUACGAGCACUGAAUCCAACUCUGAAACUUUGAAAGAAAGCAGAGAAACCAUUCUCGAGGAAGAUGAAGACCUGGAACUUCUGGCUGGUAUACUCUCUGAAGAUGAGGAUACGGAUGACGACGAAGAAGAGGAUGAAGUUGAAGAUGAUGAUGAUGAAGAAGAAGAAGACGAAGACGAAGACCUCGAGGCUGAACUUGAAUCUAACGGUGAAGAAGACGAAGACAACGAGGUUGAAGAACUGAGUGAAGACGAGCUCACCGAUUCUUCUGAAGAAAGCCACAGUGAAUCUUCGUCAGACGACGAUAACUUCGAGAACGAUUUGGUGGCCGCUGAGCUCGAUAAAGAGUAUCUGCGUAUUGUGGUCGAUGCGUAUAACAAGACUAAGGCCAAUAGCAAUCGGUCAAUCAAGCUCAAUGUUCCCAUACCAAGAACUAAUGUACCCCCUGGUGGGCCCUCACGAGCGGUUGGCUUAAUCACAAGAAGAGGAAAGAAUGUUGAUGUUCGUGCUAUCAACAUUACUGAUAAUCGGGGAGUUGACCUAUCGAAGAAAGAAGACGAGGCAAAACGACACCGCGAGAAAAUCAUGAAUUUGGUCCUGAAUAUGGAAUAA